AUGAAGCAAACACGCCGGAAAGCGCUGUAUGAAAACUGGAAAGCUAAUGGUUACGUCUCCCGUUCCUUGAAAUCGGUAGAAGACAAGCCAGAAGCAGAAGAUCGCGGCGCUGAGGCGGAAGACGUGCGAGGCGAUGUCACAGAACCGAUUACUUCAAGAGACGAUAAAAGCUCGGAGAAAAUCAUUCUCCAAAUUGUGGAUGAUAGCGGUGAAUACGGGCAUGGCGGCGUUUUCGAGGCCAUUCGGAAGAAAUUUCCGGCUGUCCCGAGUCGAUAUGAGCGAAUCGCAAAAAUGAAGGAUCUGCAUUAUGGAGACGUUCAUCUUAUCGAUACGGAAGUGCCCGACUCGAACGGCCAUAACAUUACCGUUGCACUUUUGAUCGCCCAGAAAGAAGAUGCACGUGACGAAGUCGAUCACCCCACCCUCCGAAAAUGCUUCCAAAAUCUCACGUUCAACAUGAAAGACAAGGCGAUUAAGUGCAGCUACCAUGUGUCGAGGCUGGAUGACGAAUUCGCGCAACUCGUUGAUGAAUACGGCCCGGCGUUUGGCAUCCCCACCUACGUCUACACGUAUCGUCGCAAGGCCGAAAGCAGCGGCGGCGGUCGUCGCAGUGUCCGCGCAAAGGUGAAAGUCGCGAAUGUGAUUGAAUCUGACGAGGAAGAGUCCGAUAUCUCGUCGGAGGACGAUUCAAGCGAAGAUGCUUUUGAUUCGGAAGACGCUGAGGAGGAAGAAGAUGGAAGUGAUGAAGAAGCGGAAGGAUCAGAGGAAUCUGGAUCUGAAGAGGAGGAAGAAGAAGAAGAGGAGGAGGAAGCGAUUGUCGUCAAAAGAAAGAAGCCCGUUCAAAUAAAGGAGCGAUCGAAAUCUCCGGCGCCUAAGAAAGCUAAAAAAGAAGCGUCGCCAGUUAGAGUAAAACCAACGGCAAAGGUUUAUGGAAAAUCAGAAACCGUUCACCUCUACGAGAAGGACCUGUUUUCGGAGUCAAAACUUGCUGCAUUGAUGAAAUAUGCUGAAGAACGGGGGACGGAAAUCGUUGAUGAAGACGGCGCCAAGAAGGCCACACUUAUUGUGGUGCCCGCGCAGUAUUGCAAGAAGGAUGAAGCCGCCAAAAUCAAGAAAGACUUCCCGAAAUCCACGAAUCUGGUCAACGAGAUGUGGCUGACCGAUAUCGACCUCUACGAAGAGUUCACCGACCCGAAGCCGUAUUUCCUC